AUGUCUUCUCUCAAGGAUCCCAAGGUUACUGAUGAUCUCGUCAAGGCUCUCACAGCCUCCAUCGUGAACAAUUACCCAAGAGACGUCCAACUCGCCGUCGCAAAAGCUAUCCCAGACGCCCGCCCAAACGUCAGAGUUGGUGUCUCAGUUCUUAUCCAGAAUGAAAAGGGCGAAUUCCUCGUCGGCGAGAGGAUGGGUAGCCACGGUGCAGGCACGGUGCAGACUCCAGGCGGCCACAUAGAUUUUGGCGAAGAAGAUCUCAAACUGGUUGCGGCGCGAGAGGUAAAGGAAGAGACGGGUCUGGACGUCAAGUUUGGAAAAUUCCUCACUGUCACCAACGAUUUGUUCAAAGACGAGUUCAAACACUACAUCACAAACUGGGUCAUCUGCAUCAUGGUUGAACCUAAUGCCAAGCCAGAGGUUUUAGAAACAAAGAAAUGCAAGUGGUGGGCAUGGAUGUCGUCGGAGGAGCUGGUGAAGAUGGACAAGGCAGCGGAAGCCAGGAAGGCAGAGAAGAAAGCAAAGGGAGAGGAGCUGGACCCCCCGGCUGGCGACGAGCUGUUUCUGCCUCUAGCCAAUCUGUUCAAGCAGACAGUCGAUGCGGAGGCAUCCGAUCUCCCCAGAUUUAUGGUUUCCACAGAGGGCCUUAAACACGUAUAA